GCGAGCAACAGGAGCCGGCGCGCGGCCCACUCCUCCCACCUUCUCCGCCUGCCUCCUCCUCCUCGCGCUCGGCUCCUCCCGCCCCCACCUCUGCUGAGCUGCAGAGUCGCCCUCUCGCAGCCUCUUUCUCUCGCUCGUCUGCUCGCUAAUACUUCCCCCUGCUGCGCUCCAGGGGACCCAAGCAUUCUCCGCGCUCACCGUAGGGACCCAAGGUGCUCCACGAGCCUAGGAAAAGCUGCUUGGGUCUGAGAUAGUUGGAAGCCCCUCGCCCCUUCCCCCUCUCCCGGCGCAGCCCGUGCCCGGCAGCACCUUCUCGCUCCUGCACACUCUGUUGGGGAGGACGGGGUGAGAAGGUGAAGUGGGAAGAUCUGCAGAGCAGAGGGGGCCAGGCUCGUAGCUCAGAUUUCAUUUUCAUUGAAGCAAAGCACAGAAGAUCAAUUUUUUUUUAUUCUGCAUUUUUUUCCUUUUUAAUUUUUUUUUUUUUUAAAGAAACUUAUUUUGGUGGGGGGCUUGCUCUGGGCAUUUGGUUUGCCCAGUAGUUGAACAGUGAACUCGACUCGUGAUGGUUCUCCUGUCACUUUGGUUGAUAGCAGCCGCUCUGGUAGAGGUUAGGACUUCAGCUGAUGGACAAGCUGGUAAUGAAGAAAUGGUGCAAAUAGAUUUACCAAUAAAGAGACAGAGAGAGUAUGAGCUGGUGACUCCGGUCAGCACAAAUCUAGAAGGACACUAUCUCUCCCAUAUUCUUUCUGCAAAUCACAAAAAGAGGUCAACAAGGGACGUGUCUUCCAACUCUGAGCAAUUGUUUUUUAACAUCACAGCAUUUGGAAGAGAUUUUCAUCUGCGACUAAAACCCAACACUCAGUUAGUAGCUCCUGGGGCAGUUGUGGAAUGGUGUGAGACAUCUCUGGUGCCUGGGAAUAUAACCGACCCCAUCGAUGAACAUCAACCAGGAGAUGCUUCUGAAAGAAUCUGGAAAACAGAGCCUUUGCAGACCAACUGUGCGUAUGUUGGUGACAUCAUGGACAUUCCAGGAACCUCCGUUGCCAUUAGCAACUGUGAUGGUCUGGCUGGAAUGAUAAAAAGUGAUAAUGAUGAGUAUUUCAUUGAACCCCUGGAAAGAGGUAAGCAAAUGGAAGAAGAAAAAGGAAGAAUUCAUGUUGUGUACAAGCGGUCAGCAGUGAAACAGGCUCCCAUAGACAUGUCCAAAGACUUCCACUACACAGAGUCGGAUCUGGAAGGCCUUGAUGACCUAGGUACUAUUUACAGCAACAUUGACCAGCAGCUGAAUGAAACAAUGAGGCGUCGCAGACACGCAGGAGAAACCGAUUACAACAUUGAGGUGCUGCUGGGCGUGGAUGACUCUGUGGUUCGUUUUCAUGGCAAAGAGCAUGUCCAAAACUACCUCCUCACCCUGAUGAAUAUUGUGAAUGAAAUUUACCAUGAUGAAUCCCUUGGAGUGCAUAUAAAUGUGGUCCUGGUGCGCAUGAUAAUGCUGGGUUAUGCAAAGUCCAUCAGCCUCAUAGAAAGAGGAAACCCCUCCAGGAGCUUGGAGAAUGUAUGUCGCUGGGCUUGCCAACAACAAAAAUCUGAUCCCAACCACUCUGAACACCAUGAUCAUGCAAUUUUCUUAACCAGGCAAGACUUCGGACCUGCUGGAAUGCAAGGAUAUGCUCCAGUCACAGGCAUGUGUCAUCCCGUGAGAAGUUGUACCCUGAAUCAUGAGGAUGGUUUUUCUUCUGCUUUUGUAGUAGCCCAUGAAACUGGCCAUGUGUUGGGAAUGGAGCACGAUGGACAAGGCAACAGGUGUGGUGACGAGACGGCCAUGGGAAGUGUCAUGGCCCCUUUGGUGCAAGCAGCAUUUCAUCGUUACCAUUGGUCCCGAUGCAGUGGCCAGGAACUGAAAAGAUACAUCCAUUCCUAUGACUGUCUCCUCGAUGACCCUUUUGAACAUGAUUGGCCCAAACUCCCAGAACUUCCUGGAAUCAAUUACUCUAUGGAUGAGCAAUGUCGUUUUGACUUUGGGGUUGGUUAUAAAAUGUGUACUGCGUUCCGAACCUUUGACCCAUGCAAACAACUGUGGUGUAGUCAUCCUGAUAAUCCCUACUUUUGUAAGACUAAAAAAGGCCCCCCACUGGAUGGGACUGAAUGUGCUGCUGGAAAAUGGUGCUAUAAGGGCCACUGCAUGUGGAAGAAUGCUAAUCAACAAAAACAAGACGGCAACUGGGGGUCAUGGACCAAAUUUGGCUCCUGUUCCCGGACUUGCGGAACUGGUGUUCGUUUCAGAACACGCCAGUGCAAUAAUCCAAUGCCCAUCAAUGGUGGUCAGGAUUGUCCUGGUGUUAAUUUUGAGUACCAGCUUUGUAACACAGAAGAAUGCCAAAAGCACUUUGAGGACUUCAGAGCCCAGCAGUGCCAACAGCGUAACUCCCACUUUGAAUACCAGAGCACCAAACACCACUGGUUGCCAUAUGAACACCCUGAGUCCAAGAAAAGAUGCCACCUUUACUGUCAAUCCAAAGAGAGUGGCGAUGUCGCUUACAUGAAGCAGCUGGUACAUGAUGGAACGCGCUGCUCAUACAAAGACCCUUACAGCAUAUGUGUGCGAGGAGAGUGUGUGAAAGUGGGCUGUGAUAAAGAAAUCGGUUCUAACAAGGUUGAGGACAAGUGUGGAGUCUGUGGAGGCGAUAAUUCCCAUUGUCGAACUGUAAAAGGGACAUUCACGAGGACACCAAGGAAGCUUGGGAAACAUUUAAGCAAGAGGUGCCAUAAAGAAUUCAAGUUGCUGGAAAAUGAAAUCUGGAAGACAAGAGGCGCCUUCACUUUACCCAAAGGAGCUCGUAAUAUUUCUCUUGCUGAAACAAGGGAAGCUAAAAAUGUACUGGGGUACCUUAAGAUGUUUGAUAUACCCCCUGGUGCUAGACAUGUGUUAAUCCAAGAAGACGAGGCUUCUCCUCAUAUUCUUGCUAUUAAGAACCAGGCUACAGGCCACUAUAUUUUAAAUGGCAAAGGAGAAGAAGCCAAGUCUCGAACCUUCAUAGAUCUUGGCGUGGAAUGGGAUUAUAACAUUGAAGAUGAUAUUGAAACUCUUCACACCGAUGGACCUUUACAUGAUCCUGUUAUUGUUUUGAUUAUACCCCAGGAGAAUGACACCCGCUCCAGCCUGACAUAUAAGUACAUCAUCCACGAAGACUCAGCACCUACAAUCAACAACAACAAUGUUAUCCAGGAGGAGGUAGACACUUUUGAGUGGGCUUUGAAGAGCUGGUCGCAGUGUUCCAAACCCUGCGGUGGAGGUUUCCAGUAUACUAAAUACGGAUGUCGUAGGAAAAGUGAUAAUAAAAUGGUUCAUCGGAAUUUCUGUGAGGCCAACAAAAAACCAAAACCUAUUCGAAGAAUAUGCAAUAUUCAAGAGUGCACACAUCCACUCUGGGUAGCAGAAGAGUGGGAGCACUGCACCAAAACCUGUGGGAGCUCGGGCUAUCAGCUUCGCACUGUCCGCUGCCUGCAGCCACUCCACGAUGGCACCAACCGCUCUGUGCACAGCAAGUACUGUGUGGGGGACCGUCCUGAGAGCCGCCGGCCUUGUAACCGAGUGCCCUGCCCAGCACAGUGGAAAACAGGGCCCUGGAAUGAGUGUUCAGUGACCUGUGGCGAAGGGACGGAGGUAAGGCAGGUUUUGUGCAGGGCUGGAGACCUCUGCGAGGGUGAAAAGCCAGAGUCAGUGAGAGCCUGUCAGCUGCCUCCCUGUCAUGAUGAGCCAUGUUUGGGAGAUAAGUCAAUAUUCUGUCAAAUGGAAGUGCUGGCCCGCUACUGCUCCAUACCAGGUUAUAACAAGUUAUGCUGUGAGUCAUGUAGCAAGCGCAGCAGCACCCUGCCACCACCAUACCUUCCAGAAGCUGCUGAAACUCAUGAUGAUGCUAUCUUUAACCCUAGUGACCUCCCUGGAUCUCUCAUGAUGCCUACAUCUUUGGUUCCAUACCAUUCAGAGACCCCUGCUGAGAAGAAGAAAUCUUUGAGUAGGAGCUCAUUGGUGGGAGGUUCAAAUGCAUAUGCUGCUUUUAGGCCAGGUAGUAAACCUGAUGGUGCUAACUUACCCCAGAGGAGAGCUCAGCUGACCGGAAGCAAGACUCCGAGACUGGCCUCCUCACCCACGAAGGGUGACGACCUCAAUUCAUCUUCACAAAUGGCUGCUGCCUCUUUCCUUCCAGUCAGUGAUUCCAUAGGUGCUUCUUCUCAGACAAGAACCUCAAAGAAAGAUGAAAAAAUUACAGACAAGAGACGUCCAAUAAGAUCAUCCACCUUGGAAAGAUGAGAAAGUGAACCUAAAAGACUAAAUGUGAGAAGAAAAUCUGGACAAGCUCCCCUUCCCCAUGGUGCAUAGCCUGUUUAAAGUAGAACUCUCUGUAGAUAGUCAACUCAUUCUAUCUGUAAGUGGAAGAACAAAAAGUGCUGGUUCACUUUCUAAUUGCUUUCAUCCUCCUUUUAUUCUGCAUUGACUCAUUUCCCAGAAUUCAUUGGAAGGAAAGCACCAAAGAUUAUUAACAGAAGGAAAGUAACUCUCUAAAGCAGAAAAGGGACUGGAACCAAUUGUGCAUAUCAGCUGAUUUUUUGUUUUAAAAAAGUUACAGUAAAAAUAAAAAAGGUGCCAAUGGUUUACAUUUUAACAAAAGGUUUUGAAAGUAGAGCAAAAAAUUCUUAGACUUGCAUUCCUAUUUAUCUAUAUUAGAAACAUUGUAUGAGCAAAUUUGCAGCUAUUGUGUAAAUACUGUAUAUUGCAAAAAUCAGUAUUAUUUUAAGAGAUGUGUUCUCAAAUGAUUGUUUACUAUAUUACAUUUCUGGAUGUUCUAGGUGCCUGUCAUUGAGUAUUGCCUUAUUUGACAUUCUAUGAGUUGAUUUUCAAAACAGAGUGUUGCAGAGAAGAAAUUAGACUUGCAGCUACUGAUAAUGCAAAGAAUUUUGUUGUGUGGUUUGUUUAAUCAACACUAUGACUCCUGUAUUACAGAAAGAGAAAAAAACAUAAGCUGCAGAUAUACAGAUUUUAGGUUAUUUAUUACCUUCCAUUCUUUAAAUAAAAUAGAAUAGGAUUGGUGUCUUAGUAUACUUUUGGUCAUAGGGAACAGAUGCUGAUAAAUAAGCCUGUUCAAGACAAGGCUAACACUUUCUUUUUAGGACCUCAAAAAACACUAUUGAAGUACUCUAUGUAUUAUGUUUUUAUUUCCCCAUUGUUGACUUAUACAAAAGAUAUACUCAAUGUACUGUAAUUAUAACAAAGGAAAAAGAUCAUUUGUUUGUAUGUUGGUAGCUGAGAUAAGCAUCAUAAAUUCAGAAUUGAUACUCAAGGAUAUAGUAGGGUUUUGGAAGCAGGCUCAAGAAAGCUUUUGCCAAUGGUUGCGAUAUUUAUUUUCCGCAUGGUUCAUAUUCAAAUGUUCACAACCACAAUGCAUCUGACUGCAAUAAUGUGCUAGUAAUUUAUGUCAGUGGUCACCUUGCUCACAGUGAAGCCAGAAAUGCUCUCUCCAGGGAGUAGAUGUAAAGUACUUGUAUAUAGAUUUCAGAACUGAAGAUAUUUAUUAAAUGUUGAUUUUUUUUCUUGAUAGUAUUUUUAUGUACUAAAUAUUUACGCUAAUAUCAAUGACAUAUUUUGGUAAACUAGAGAGACCUAAUUAGAGAUGCAUGCUUUGUUCUGUGCAUAGAGGAGAAAUAUAAGUAAACUAAGACAGCCAAAUUGAAGAGCUAAAGUUAAACAAAUUUGAUGUUGUGCAUUUUUAGAGUAGUUGAUACAAAAUUGAUAUGUUCCCUUUCAAAGAAAGGUAAAAUAGUAUGGACUCAGAUAGCUAGCUGUUUAAUGAUAGUAAAUUAGAAACAUUUUAAAAAUAUGUGAAACAGAUAAGUACUUAAUGAAUUACACUUAAAUGAACAAGGAAAAUGCAUUGUCCCAUAAUGUUUUUGACUUCAGCUCCUAAACUGUCCAAAACAAUAUUUUGGAAAAUAAAAUGUAGACAUGUUAACCUCUCAAAGCACAGAAUGUGCAAAGACUUCUGCAUUUUAAUCAUGGUAAACUAACAGCUUCACCUAUUGACUCUAUACCUCUAAAGAAUAGCUGCUACUUUAUGCAAGACUUUUGAAAGUUGAAUGAAUUAGGUGAAUUCUAGAUCAUUAACCAAUCCCUGAGUCUCAAGUAGAAGUCUUUUUUUUUUUUUCCUAAAAUUUUCCCCAGGAUGAAAUUCUCUCUAGUUUGCUUGCGUGUGCAUAUGUCUGUAACACCGGGGAAAUAUAGAGAAAGCUGGUCACACACAUACACCUCCCAUAAAGAUGUACAUAUUCGUUUCACUUCUGACCUUUGGGCUUCCUUUGCUACUAAGCUAAAAAUUCCUUUUUAUCAAAGUGUACACUACUGAUGCUGUUUGUUGUAUUGGGAGCACGUAGCAAUAAAAAUGUUAACAAAAUACAGAUCUGACUCAAUCUAGAUUUUUAUCAUUAGAUUUUAUCUUGGAUUAAUAGAAAUGUAUUCUUUCCCCGUACAAAGUGAAAUGGCAUCAAAUUCAUUUGCUACUUGGACUUUCUCUAAAGAGGUUCAAAUAAAGUGACAGUGUCUCCUAUUCGCACACUGGUGUAUCAUAAUAUUUUUUUUAAUAUGGUUUAAAAAACAAAGUAAGGUUUUGGGUGGCUUUUUACUUACGUUUGCCCCACAGAACUAUGAAAGAGCAGAGAGAACAUGAUGAUAAUACUAAGCAUGAGAAGGAAAAGGGGGGUUUCUGUUUUUUAAAUGUGUAAUCCCAGAGUGAUUUUUAAAGAAAAGCUGCCCACCAAUUUUGAACCCUAGUUGGUAAGAACAAACAACCCAUGACUCCGGGAUAUGGGGACACAGAGGCUCGGCAGCAGAGGACAGGUGGAGGGUGCAGAGAGGGCAGAGGACCGUGCAGCUGAGCGCAGUAGAGACCAGGAGAGAACACCAGAGAGCCCAGAAAAGUGAAGAUUCACCCAGGACUAGGAGGCCUGCCAGCCUCCUGGCCCCCCGCCCCCCCUGCCUGUCCUGUACCUGGUUGCCUCACUGCAAAUGCUGUAGAAAGAUUCACAGAUGAAUGGGUGAUAGGAAUUUUAUGGGGACUAUAGCCUACAUGAAAAUGCAUACACUGUACAAA